AUGGCGGCGGCGGCGGCGGCGGCGACUAUUUUUCAGCGCAACAAGCGCAUCUAUGUACAGGAGGAGGACAAGCUAGAGGGCGUUGUCUCCGAUGAGACUUUCCAGCAGAAGUUCCACCAGUGGCUGGACGCGACCAUCGCCCAGCUGGAUCUGCAGUUUGAGUUGUGCGAGCAGCAGCUGUCGGAGCUGCAGCAGAACGUGGCGGUGGAGUCCGGAAGCUACUGGUGCAGCAAGACAAUUAUUCAGCACUGCAACCUACACAUGAGUGAGAAACGGCUCAUCGUUGCGGGGAUUGAUAUGGAGGAACACGCGACGCUUCCUGACCUGGUCAACCUCAUCUCCUCUCUGCAGCAGCUCAAGGGUCAGGCAUUUAUAUCCCCCAAGCAGCGGCGCUUCAUUGAGGAAUGUGAGUCCGAGCUGAAGAAAGUCGUGUUUGAGUCCCGAGAGUUGGUCUUUAUCACCAACGCGCUUAAGACAAAACUGCGCGACGACGGCAACACUCGCGGCGUCUUUGGGGAUCUCACAGAGUUUCAAAACACCAUUGAGGAUCUCUCACCCGACAUUGACCAGUGCGAGCAGCUGUUGGAGGCGAGCAUCGCCAACGGCGAGAUGGGGCUCGCGGAGGACAUCUCACUGCGCCAGCUGGAGAUCUACGAGCGAAUCCUCACCCUCAUUACGGACCAAUAUCCCAUUAUCACGAACUACUACACUGAGUCGCGCGACAGCGAUCGGCGUCGUCGGUGGGCCAUUUUCCGCAUGGCAGACAAAGACAUCACCGCCGUUAUUGAGGGGAAGUACCGCCAAAUAGAAGCCUGCGAGGAGGAUCUCAUGAAGAUCAAGGAACAGAUUGAGAACUACAGCAAUGACGACUCUCACCAACGCAAGCGGUAUGAGGCGGAUCGCGACCUCUCCGAUGAAUUUUUGCAGAAAAACAAGAAUAAACAGCAGGGUGUGUGGAAUCGCGUCUAUGAAUUGUACGAGGAACUGCGACGGUGUCAGAUGGAGUUGACCAAACUUGCCCGUCAGCGUCGCAAGGAGAUCGACCGCCGGCUUCAGAUGGAGGAACACGAGGCUGGUCGACGCAGCGGACAUGAGGCGUUUCUCAGGGCCGCUGCGGAGCAUGCACAGAGGCUUCAGGGUAUGAUCAACAACUCCUUGGCGGCGAAGGAACUUGCGACGGCGCUCAACAACUUUGUCUUGGAUGGGUGCGACAGCAUCACAAGCAAGUACGACAAGCAGCAGAAUGCACUAAGUGAGAUGCUGCGGCUUGUGCAGCAGCAUCAUUUUAAGCGCUUCUCCGACUACUACAUUGCUGCAAGUCGCUACCUAUACCGCAAGGAGCGGCGGCUGGAGCAGCUUGAGAAGGAGAUUGAGAGUAACGAGAUGAAGAAGGAGAUGCUCUCAGACCGACUUGACACCAACGCCAAACGCUACGCCGACUUAAAUAAUGAUCUUUUGCUUAAAAGACGUGAGGCGUCACAGGAGGUGCUGUACAUUCGACACAAGUUGGAAAAGGCAGACAGGGCGAUUGAGCCCACGCUACGUUCCUUGCAGUUUGCCGGAGUGGGGUACGUUCACCCACGCGACAUUGUAGAGAAGGUCAACCUGAAUCGCUGCAGCACAAUUCUUGACUACCGUGAAUUUAUGACCCCCUCCAUUUCCUACGACGAGAAGGUGCGCAUGGAGGAGUUGAUAACGUUAGCCGAACUUCGCUCCUCCAUUGACGUUGAAUCUAAAGAGCGUUCCAUCCAGAAACGCCUACGACUCCCUUCGAUUACAAAGAAGGAUUACACUGUGCUUCAGAAACGCGUGAACGCCCUAUUAGAGAAACGAUUUGACGAAGUAGAAUACAUCGCGCCGGUUGCAGCAACCGCGUCGCGGGGUACUGCCUUCUCUGAUUCUGCAGGGACAAAAGACACGGCAAGACAGUCUAUGACGGGGAACAUGGCAUCUGAGGCACCAGGAAAUGCGUCGCCUGCGGCUGCCGUGGACAUGGUCGGGGGUACAACCACCAUUGAUGCUUCGCUACGACACUCGCGGAUGGAGGGAACAGUAAUGAGGGCCUUGUACCCCUACAAGGCCCGCGCCCCUGACGAGUUAACAUUUGAAGAGGGUGAUUUGAUUGUAUGCGUGAACCGAGACCAGGAGGAGGGCUGGUUUAAGGGUGUGUGCAAUCAACGCACAGGGCUGUUUCCUAUCAAGUACGCGGUCCCAGUGGAUGAGUUUUGUUGA